AUGGGAAGAACACUCACAUAUCUGAAGCGAGAUGCGAACACGGUGAACAGGUACAAACAUCGAGCAACGUAUGACCUCGGUGCUAUCCAUUCUAUCAUCAACUCAAGUCAAGUGCUCCAUGUGUCCUUCAGUCCAGGGCCCCCGGAUCCUUUUCCCGCCAUACUGCCCAUGAUCGACUGCUAUCUACAUGGAUACGUCAGUUCACGAAUCAUGAAUCUAGCGAGGAAAUCGGAAGGAGACGGAUUGCCUGUCUGCAUCGCUGCGAGUAGGGUAGACGGAUUAAUCCUGUCUCUUACACCCAAUUCCCAUAGCUACAACUACCGCUCCGCUAUCCUUCACGGCUAUGCUAGACCAGUCACGGACGAAGCAGAAAAACUCUGGGCGAUGAAACUCAUUACGAAUUCAGUGCUGCCGGAUCGCUGGGACCAUACCCGAGUACCCCCAGACAAUGCCGAGAUGUCUUCUACCGUCAUUCUUAAAGUCAAGAUUGUCGACGGCAGUGGCAAGAUUCAAGACGGCGGUGUCUCUGACGAGAGAAAGGACAAGAGCAACAACGAUGUGACCAAUAGGGUCUGGACGGGCGUUGUGCCUGUCUAUGAGGCGUUUGGAGACCCUGUUCCGAGCCCGGAGAACAAGGUCUCUGAAGUACCAGAGUACAUCACCUCAUUCAUUGCCGAUAUGAACAAGCACAAUCGGGAUUAUGCUGUGACAGCAGUCAAUGUUGGGCUUCCGGCGGAGGAACAACAUUGA